UAAAGUGUCGGUUAGCGCUAACCGGAGGUUAUACUGACAUUUAACGGACAGUUGGUUCUUACAUACGUCGGUUAAGCAAAAAGCCUCCGGUUACCGGAUGUUUUACGGCCGGAUUUUUAACCGGCCGAAUUCGGCCGGUUAUCCUCCGGUUAUCAAAAAUCUGUCGGUUUGUAUUAUCAAUAAUACUCUUUAUCAUCAUUUGAUUUUUGAUUUUUGUUUAAAAUUCGACGUUAGACUGUUGGAGUUUUCACGUAGUAUAGUGUAUACAUUUUUGUUGUUUUUUGUUUGAAUUAACAAUUCAUUAUGAAUAGAGUUCUUCAUAACUACGGUUUAAUUGACCAAGAAAGUGAUUCUUCCGACUUUGAAAAUGAAAUGGUAGAAUUUAACGUUGCAAUUCGGAAAGAGAAAAUUUUUAGAGAACGCAAAAAUUACUUCGAGUUAUUAGACGAAGUAGAGUUUCAGAAACGAUUUCGUUUGAAGAAACAAACAGUAAAGAUGAUCCUGGAAGAAUUAAUUGAUCAUAUAAAAUAUCCCACCAACAGAAAUAAUGCCAUUUCUCCAAUGACGCAAUUGUUAUUAACAUUGAGGUUUUUUGCAACGGGGAAUUUUCUAAUUACAGCCGGUGACUUUAGUGGUGUUAGCGUUGCAGCUGCUGGACAAAUUGUAAAGCGAGUCAGUUAUGCAUUAGCUACAAAAAGUGAUAAGUAAAUAACUGUACCUAUAAUAAUUAAAUACCUAAUACAUUUUGUUGAUUUACUGCAUGUUACACGAUGAAUGUACAAUAUCGUUACUUAAUAUGAAAUACAGUGAGAUAUAU